GUCAAAGGUCAUUAUAUCGCGUAAAUAUUUUUACGAUUUGUUGAUUUUAUUUAAAUUAAACUCAUUUGACCGUAUUGGACUGUUCUAGGCCUAGGGGUAGCGGGUUGCAUAUAAAUAAUGGACAAGGUUGAUGCAGUUGUGCCAGAUGACAAUACAACAGAAAUGUUGAAUCAAAUACGGCCACGCAAAAUCCCAAAUCAGAAUAUCGUGUACAGACUAAGGCAAAGGGAAACCCAUAUACGUAAACCAUGUACACAGUUUCAUUGUGCACGGCAAUUUCAUCAAAAUAUUUUCCCAAACUACACGAUUGUCAACUUGAAAAAGCCUCCAUGCUUCCUCAGAAAAUUCUCCCCUGAUGGACAGUAUUUCAUCGCAUUUUCUGCUGAUCAAACAUCUCUAGAAAUUUAUGAAUUCCGUGGAUCUCAGGCAGCAGGAGAACUGCUAAAAAAUGCCAAUGGUCACAUGAUUAAAGAUGAUGGUGAUCCUGAAUCUCAUAAAAUUCGAAAUAAUAUUUUUGAAAGAUUUUUCCGCUUGAAACACACUGUAAACGUAGCACCUAAUGGUGAACACCUAAACAGAGAAUGCAGUUUGUUCACUGAUGAUGGACGAUAUGUGAUUGUUGGUUCUGCUGUCUUUAUUCCAGAAGAUCGGCAUUUCUUUGACAUUUAUAGGAACAAUGAAUCUAUUUCACCAAACCCAAAAUUCAUGCUGGAAGACUAUUCAUUACAUAUUAUUGAUUUGGAGUCUGGAAUUCUUUGUGACACACGAACAUUUAAAUGCGACAAAAUCUUCCUUUCUCAUAAUCAAGGGAUUUACCUUUUCAAAAACAUUCUAGCAGUACUUUCUGUACAACAACAAACAAUUCAUAUAUUUCAUGUUACAUCUGAUGGCAGUUUUAUUGAUGUUCAAACAAUUGGUAGAUUCUGCUUUGAAGAUGAUGCUUUAGUGUAUUCAUCAUUACGUGUUGAACCACCACAUCCCUCCCACAGGCAAGAUAGUCAAUAUUCUGAUCCUACUAUUAACUCCCUCAAACAUAGAUUACUGGUUUUUCUUUACCGUAAAGCUCACAAUCAAGGCACACCUGAGAGUUCCCGUCAUUUCUUCAGAUACUACCAUCAGUUCCGAUCUCUGCGGAUGUGGAAGAUGCAGCUGCUUGAUGAAGACCACCUCUUGAUUAAGUACUCAAGUGAAGCAGUUGUGUCUCUUUUAUCACAAGAUCCAAAUUCUCUACCAUCUUUCUUUGUUGUAUAUAACAUGGUUACAACGGAAGUGAUAGCAGUCUUUGAUAACACUUCAAAACAACUAUUGGAACUCUUUGAGAAUUUUGGUGAUUUGUUUCGCAAUGCUAGUUUGCAUACUUUCGCUCAAUUUACCUGCUCUAGUAAUAUCUAUGCUCGUCAGAUUCAAGAACGAUUCAAACAUACAAUAAUUAAUGCUAAAUUUGGCGGCCACACUGAGGCUGUUAAGCGUCUACUUGCCCAGUUGCCCAUCAGUUCGCAGUCUUACAGUAGUAGUCCUUACCUAGACCUGGCUCUUUUUAGCUAUGAUGACAAGUGGGUGUCAGCAAUGGAGCGACCUAAAACAUGUGGUGAUCACCCAAUUAGAUUUUAUGCCAGGGAUUCAGGGCUGCUAAGGUUCCGUAUCCAAGCUGGUGGUCAUGGGCGUCCAACAUCACAGCAACCUACACCAAGACGCCUAGUAGCUUUCACAUUUCAUCCACAUGAGCCUUUUGCAAUAUCAGUUCAAAGAACCAAUGCAGAGUAUGUAGUGAACUUCCAUGUACGCCACCCAGUAGCAUUAAAUCAUGAUGUACGACCAAGCAAGACUGGCAUCCCUUGGUAGCAAUCCAGAUGUAAGGCCAAGCAAGACUACCGUCCAUUGGUAGCAAUCACAAUGUAUGGCCAAGCAAGACUGCCAUCCAUUGGUAGCAAUCUAGAUGUAAGGGCAUGCAAGACUGCCGUUACUUGGUAGCAAUCACAAUGUAUGGCCAAGCAAGACUGCUGUCCAUUGGUAGCAAUCUAGAUGUAAGGGCAUGCAAGACUGCUGUCCAUUGGUAGCAAUCACAAUGUAUGGCCAAGCAAGACUGCUGUCCAUUGGUAGCAAUCCAGAUGUAAGGGCAUGCAAGAUUGCCGUUCCUUGGUAGCAAUCACAAUGUAUGGCCAAGCAAGACUGCCGUCCAUUGGUAGCAAUCUAGAUGUAAGUCCAAGCAAGACUGCCAUCCAUUGGUAGCAAUCUAGAUGUAAGUCCAAGCAAGACUGCCAUCCAUUGGUAGCAAACUAGAUGUAAGUCCAAGUAAGACUACCGUCCAUUGGUAGCAAUCUAGAUGUAAGGCCAAGCAAGACUACCGUCCAUUGGUAGCAAUCUAGAUGUAAGGCCAAGCAAGACUGCCAUCCAUUGGUAGCAAUCUAGAUGUAAGCAGGGGCGGAUUUAGGGGGGGCGGCCCGGCCUCCCCUUUUAGGAGGUAAAAAAAAGAAGAAAAAAAGAAAAAAAGAGAGAAAAAGAAAAAAAUGAUAGCCCAGAAUGCCUCAAAUGUUA